GUUGUGCUGUGUCAGAAAUCGUUUGCGUGUCCCACGUCUCGGCCUGCAGCUCCGUUCAUCAGAUCGCUGCUCCGCUAGAGAGAGAGAGGUCGUCUCCUCUUGGCUCUGGAACUCUUCUUUAAAUAAAGUCACCUCUUCUUGCUCAUACGGCGUAUUCGGGGACGUGAUCUUGGUCACAGGAUAGAUAGUAGAGAGAGAGAGAGAGAGGGAGGGGGUAGUUAUCCCAGUCUCGGUCGUAUCACGGGGAUAAGAGUUUGGUAUUUAUUCCCGCCUCUAUUCUCGGCUCGUUGUCCCGUCGAAUAGGGGAUCCGGCUGCGGUUCUUUUUCCGUCGCUGUCCUCUCUGGUGAGCUGAUUUAUGACGGGGAAAGCGAAAGAUCGAGCGCGUUUUGGUUCGGGUCUUUGGAAAGGAGGCUCCUUUUUGUUUCGUUCCGGUUCCGGGGACUGGAGAUUGGGAGUUUUCGUCCGGAGAGCGGAUAAAGAGUGAUGCACUUUAAAGACAGCACCAAAUGGCUUCACUGGUCCCCGGAGUCCUCCUCAAGCUCCUUCAGCACAUGAAUACAGAUGUCAAGGUUGCUGGUGAGCACCGCUCAUCUCUCCUACAAGUUGUCAGCAUUGUUCCUGCCCUUGCUGGCAGUGACCUCUUCUCAAACCGAGGCUUCUACCUUAAGGUCUCUGAUUCUUCCCAUGCUACCUAUGUAUCCCUACCUGAUGAGCAUGAUGACCUCAUUUUAAGUGAUAAGAUCCAAUUGGGACAGUUUAUUUACGUUGACCGCCUUGAAGCAGCCUUGCCUGUACCUAUCCUUAAGGGUGUAAGGCCAGUCCCUGGUCGCCAUCCCUGUGUUGGGAACCCUGAAGAUAUUGUGGCCACUAGUUCCUUAGGUUUCCUUAAUACUGAAAAACCUCGGCUGUCUAAUGGCACAAAGAAUGAUGCGAACCUGUCUGUAGAAAAAGAGAAGAACAGGAUGGGGAAACAGAACGGAGCUAUUAGAACUGAGGAUGUUGAAAAGAAAAAGGCAUUACUCAGUAAGUCAAGCUCUUUGCUCUUGAAGCAAUCAGUGAAUGGCAAAGUGGAGAAAAAGGAAGCUAUUGGCAUGAGGUCUAGAUCAAUGAACUUAAGGUCAAUACCUUCAUCUCCAACAAGUGUUUAUUCAUUGCCUGCAUCGUUUGAGAAGUUUUCCAAUGAUGUUAAGCAGCAAGCAAAAAUCAAAGGGCUAGAAAAGCCAGCAUCUUCAAGAUUGAGUUUGUCGGAGAGGGGAACUUCUAUUUUGAAGGUGACGACAGCUAGCAGGAAGCUAGCUGCUGGAAAUUCAACAGGGAAUUUGGUGCCACACCUUGAAUCAAGUUCCAGGGCUUUGAGAAGGAGCUGGGAAGGAAGUAUGGAGACAAAAGGGAGGGACUGUUCUAACUCAAAGGCAGGCAAACUCAAGACGAAAACUAAGGCUCAAAGCACUUCUAAAAAAAUGCCAUCAAAUGAUAAGUCUUUAGCUAAGGAGGACAAUAAAGUUCAAAUUCCUGUGAAGAAGGGCACUGCAAAUGCAGCUUCAGAUGAUUUGGAUAAGUCAAAUAAACAACGGUCUUGUAUCAUAAAGAAGACACCAGAAGCCCCUAACUUUCUUAAUCUUGCUAACCUGGUCAAGUUUGUUCCAAAUAGCAAAAGAUGGACAGAUGGUAGUGUUUCUUGGGCAUCACUUCCAUCAUCUCUCACAAAACUUGGAAAGGAGGUUUUGAAGUAUAGGGAUGCCGCACAACUAGCUGCUGUUGAGGCCAUGCAAGAAGCCUCUGCUGCAGAGAGCUUGAUUCGAUGCUUAAGUAUGUACGCGGAGCUAGCUUCCACAGCCAAGGAGGAUAACCCCCAGCCGGCGGUGGAGCAAUUCCUAGCCUUCCAGGCCUCCCUCUCGCGCGCCUCCCUCGUCGCCGACUCCCUUGUCAAGAUCGCGGUAACCUCACCCGACCGGUCCCCUGGCGGUGACCCCAUCCCUGUGGAAGCCCUCAAGAUCUCCGCCGACAAGCGCCGCCGCGCCUCCUCGUGGGUCCAUGCCGCCCUCGCCACCGACCUCUCUCCCUUCUCCCUCUAUCACCACAAGACCCACCCUCCGCCGCUCCCUGCCACCGCCUCCGCCGCCGCCACUGUGGCGGUGGUUCUCGAUGGCCCAUCCAAGGCGGCGGUGGCUUCGUCGAAGGCCAACUCUCGGCAGUCUCCGGCAGCGUCGCCGGCGGGUUCCGGUUCGGCGAAGCCGUCGCCGGCGGCGACAUCGCGGGGGAAGGCGCGGGGGGUGGCGGCGCCGCCGUCCCCGCCGACGGAGUGGGCCCGCGGGGGAGGAUUGGAGGAGGGGGCGGAGCUGGCGCGGGCGCUGAGGGAGGACGCGAGAGGCUGGUUCCUGGGAUUCGCCGAGCGGUUUCUGGAUGCGGACGUGGUGGCACCGGGGCCAUCGGAUCGGGAGCAGGUGGCCGGGAUGCUGUCGCAGCUGAAGAGGGUGAACGAUUGGUUGGACGGGAUCGGGCGGCGGGGGGGAGGGGAGGAGGCGGAGGCGGAAGCAACGGCGGGGGAGGGUGAGGACGGCUGCGGGAAAGGGGAAGGCGUGCCGACGGAGACGAUCGAACGGCUGAGGAAGAAGAUCUACGAGUACCUUCUCACCCACGUCGAGUCCGCCGCCGUCGCGCUUGGCGGCGGGAGCCCGGCAGCGGCGGCGGCGGCCGCAGGAGGCGGAGAGCGUCCCGGUCGUAAGGGUUGAUCGAAUCUUCUGCGCGAAUCUCGAUUCGACGUGAAAGUGUUCCUUGCCGUUGGAUUCGUGGCCCCGUGAUGGGCAGCGGGAUUUAGCAAAGGGUUUACGUGCCGGGAUCCUAGGGCGCACCGAUCCUGUGAUUAUGUUUGGUGGUCCGUAUCUCAUCAGUUCGCCAGGUCAUGGGAGGAAGGGAGCACCAGAAGGUAGCAAUGGGUGUGUAUAGAUUUCUUUUUCCAAAUAUAUGAAAAAGGAAAUUUUGGUGUUUGUCAUUUUCUGCGGCAGAAAUUUGCAAAAAGGACUUGAUACUUUUUUUUUCUUCUUAUGUUUCUAGCCUUAAUUAUUGCUGGAGUUGUAUUUAUAUGUGCGGAAAAAUUGAAGAGAGGUGCAUUGGCUUGGUUGGCUUCUGGGUAUUUAAUUUCUUUUUUGAAACAUUCAGUUUGAAUUAUAUUGGUAGAUUCUUCGGAUAAGUUGUUGAAAGGAAAAGAAAAAAAAAUGAUAUAGUUAUCCAAUUCAA